CCCAUGUCCUAUGAAAGGACGCUCAACCAGGCCCGCGCGCUCCUCCGAUGGUUUUGUAUCCCGUAGAUCGCCCGAUGGUCUCGCCAAGAGACGUCAGUACAGCCUCUAACGAGGUUGAGGUGAUCCCGAACAGGAUCCCGACUCGGUAUCAAGUGGUAUCCACCACCCGGGAAGUCCUGGAUGCGUAUCCAGGCCGCAGCGGAGGGGUUGGCGGCGCUGCUGCUCGACAUCACUCUCCAUAGGCUGCGAAUACCAGCUCUGCUGGGCGGGUUUGGGCGGAUGGCUGGUAGGGUGCGGGAUGGGAGGGACGGUGGUGCGUAGUCGUUUGCAGGCUUGGCGGGGUCCGACUCCUCGUUUCUGUCUGCUCUGUGGCUGCGCACCAUUCCCUCGCCAUCCAGCGCCUGGCGGGCAUGGUGGCGGGUCCAAUUCCCGCUAUCGAUGUCGCCCUAGUCGUCCCUGUCCCCUUCCUCAGCGUAAUUGCUACGAUACAGCAAGGGCGAGAGGAGAAGUACGCAAACGCGGACUAUCUCAGAAGCUACAAGAGUCCUACUCCGGGUCUUACAAACGGCGGGCGCGACGAGGCUGGUGCAAGCUGGUUAUCGGCGCCCGCCUUCUACGUGUCGGCGACGAUGCGGAGAUGUGGGGCCUCUGGGGUUUGGCUCGAACAAGGGAGCACCAUCCAGUGCGAGAGGACAGAAGGUGCCAAAUGACGGCACGCGCGCACCAGCCACCAGGGCCGCUUCUGCAGAAUGCCGCUAUCAACGUCGGGCGGCGGAUCCUGUCCAGCCAGCACGGCUCGGACAUCGCGCUCUGCACCGCGCAGACAACACGUCAUGCAUCGCGCAGACACA